UGAUGGCCAUUACCAUAUUUAUACUUUUUUUUUGAGAAAAUAUUAAAUAUUAUUAUCCAUAUUUAUCUGCCAACUUUUAAUUACAUCAUCAUGAGUUCCAUUACAUCAAAAUUGUGGGAACCAAACGCUCAUCAUUAGUGCCAUCAUCUGAAUCUCUCUCUCAUCCAUCAUCGAUGGCUUCCACUAGACAUGUACACUGUUUGAUGCGAAGAUUUUACAGAGGUAGUAGAACCUUCGCUGUUGCCACACAACCAACCGCUUCUUCCUCUUCCCAAACAAUCAUCGACAAAGAAUUCCAGCACAGUGCCCACAAUUACCAUCCACUUCCCAUUGUAUUUGCUCAUGCAAAGGGAUCAGCUGUGUGGGAUCCAGAGGGAAACAAAUAUAUUGAUUUUCUAUCUGGAUAUUCUGCAGUUAAUCAGGGACAUUGUCAUCCUAAAAUUCUGAAAGCUUUAAAAGAUCAGGCAGAAAGGCUGACUGUGAGCUCUCGAGCCUUCUACAAUGAUCGCUUUCCGGUCUUUGCUGAGUAUUUGACAGCCUUGUUUGGUUAUGAUAUGGUACUUCCUAUGAAUACUGGUGCUGAAGGUGUGGAAACAGCUUUGAAAUUAGCAAGAAAGUGGGGUUAUGAAAAGAAAAAAAUUCCCAACGAUGAGGCUCUUAUUGUCUCAUGCUGUGGCUGCUUCAAUGGCCGUACAUUGGGUGUCAUAUCUAUGAGUUGUGACAAUGAAGCUACUCGUGGUUUUGGUCCUUUAAUGCCAGGACAUCUUAAAGUUGAUUUUGGUGAUGCAGAAGCCCUCGAGAAAAUUUUCAAAGAAAAAGGAGACCACAUAGCUGCAUUUAUUUUAGAACCAAUCCAAGGGGAAGCCGGGGUGAAAAUUCCCCCAGAUGGCUAUUUGAAAGCUGUUAGAGAUCUUUGCUCCAAAUAUAAUGUGUUGAUGAUUGCUGAUGAAAUACAAACUGGAUUAGCAAGAACUGGGAAAAUGCUGGCUUGUGAGUGGGAAGAUGUUCGUCCAGAUGUAGUGAUAUUAGGGAAAGCAUUGGGUGGAGGAAUCAUACCAGUUAGUGCAGUUCUUGCAGAUAAAGACGUGAUGCUUUGUAUAAAACCUGGACAGCAUGGAAGUACUUUUGGAGGAAAUCCAUUGGCCAGUGCAGUUGCCAUUGCCUCACUUGAAGUGAUCAAAGAAGAGAGACUUACUGAGAGAUCUGUCAAAAUGGGAGGUGAGCUUCUCGGACUGCUGCAUAAGAUUCAGAAGCAAUACCCGGACCAUGUGAAGGAGGUGCGGGGAAGAGGAUUGUUCAUUGGUGUGGAGCUUAACAGCGAAAGUUUGUCGCCUGUAUCAGGCUUUGAGUUAAGCGAAAAAUUGAAGGAAAGAGGAGUUCUUGCCAAGUCAACACAUGACACAAUUAUUCGCUUCACUCCCCCACUCUGCAUAAGCGCGGAGGAGAUCCAGCAAGGUUCUAAGGCCCUUGCUGAUGUGCUGGAAACUGAUCUACCAAUGUUGAAGAAGAUGAAGCCAAAAGACGCUGCUCCUCCAGCUGGCCCUAGUGCAUGUGAUCGUUGUGGUCGAGUCGUGUAUGGUUAACCAUAUAAUGAAUGAAUGGUCUGUGAAUUUUAUAUUUUAUUUUUGUUUGGAAAAGGAUAUCUCAUGGACUCACAAAUGUUGUUUUAUAAUUAUACAUGAACCAAAAGAAACUAAUAAAAUUUACCAUAUUGUAUUUAUUUAUGAAAUUAAAAAAUGUCACCAGGUCAUUGAAAUCACUUAUUCCUAGU